AUGAGGGGACUGGGCGCGGCAGUGGUAGCUGUCGCAGUUGGUGAGUGCUUGCAUAGGUUGAGGGGACUGGGAGUGGUAGUGUUGCAGUUGGCUGAGGGGACUGGUAGCGGCAGUGGUACGUGUUGCAGUUGGUUGAGGGGACUGGGAGUGGCAGUGGUUGAGGGGACUGGGAGUGGCAGUGGUACGUGUUGCAGUUGGUUGAGGGGAGUGGGAGCGUCAGUGGUUGACAGGACUGGGAGCGGCAGUGGUACGUGUUGCAGUUGGUUGAGGGGAGUGGGAGCGUCAGUGGUUGAGGGGAGUGGGAGCGUCAGUGGUACGUGUUGUAGUUGGUUGAGGGGAGUGGGAGCGUCAGUGGCUGAGGGGACUGGGAGGGAGAGGGGAAGAUGGGAGUAUUGA